AUAACGAGCGAAAAGAUAUCAGCUGUGAAACACACGUGCUUCAUUUGUUUUAAAAAAUGGCUGCCCUGUGGAAAACAUGCCAUCAAUGUCUGCGUUACGGACUUUCACACAAAUCUUUUUACCCUUCAGUAUCUGCCAUAAAUGUAAUAUCUAAAAGAAAUUUCAAACCUCGUUGGGUUGCACCUACGUUAAGAGAAAUUAAACGAAGAAAAGACGUCGAAGACGACCGCAAUGGAGGGCCAAAAAUUUUUCACCGCAGCACAUUUCUUGAAUGGAAUUAUGAUGCUGAAAUAUUUGCAUUUAGCAACAGACUUGGAGAAAAAUUCAAUGAAGCUACACUUCGAACAGCAUUAACACACAAGUCGUAUGUUGAGAGGGAAACUGCCAGAUUGUCAGAUAUGGGAGUGGAUUCCCAUUUACAGAUUCAAAACAAUGAAGAACUUGCUGUAGCAGGUGGUGAAAUGAUAAGCAAAUUUACCAAUGGUUACUUGAGAGCAGUAUUCACACGAGUCCCAGAAGAACUCAUCAUGGCAAUGCAUGACUUUCUGACUUCUACUUCAAAUUUAGAAACAGUUGGCAAACAUAUUGGGCUUGGUGACUUGAUGCUUUGCUCAGAUUUUCCCUGUGAAUCAGAAACCUAUGUCAAGUCCCUCAAAGCAAUUGUAGCUGCUUUGGCUGAAAGUUCAGGAGAAGAGAGGGCCAGGAUUUUUGUUCAAGAUCUGGUUGUUACACAAUUGUAUGGCUUAGAUAUAAAUGAAUUAUGGAACCCUGCAGAUUCUGUGGGAAAUUUGACAGACAUUCUUAAGCGAGAAGGAAAAGCUGAACCUGAAUUUCGGCUCAUCAAACACUCUGGGCAAAACUCAGUUCUAGCCGUGUACUAUGUGGGAGUUUACUCUGAUAAAAAUUUUAUUGCUGAAGGUGCUGGAGAAAGUUUAGAAAUCGCAAAAGAAAUGGCAGCCCGCGAAGCAUUAAAACAACUGUUCCACACUGAAGAUUCAAUGAAAGCUUUACCUUUUGGACGGCAGUUGAAAAACAUUCAGUCUAAAAUAGUACAGUUAGAAAAUCAGCCGAACCUUCCACUUAGUAAAUGGAUCUCAGAAAAAGUCACAUCGGCUGUUCAUUAAUAUUAAUUGAUUGACUGGCUAUCAUGGAGAACGAAUAUAGGUUUGGAACAUUG